AUGGCGCGCUCCUACGUCUCCACCGUCAUCUACCGCGAUCCCGGCCAAAAAUAUAUCUGGCCCGCCCACCAGCUCAACUUCUGGAACGUCACCAUGCUCGUCGGCGCCGCCACCAUCCUCGGCAUCUUCGCCCAGUUCAUCGACAUCCAGCAGACCUUGGGCCUCCCCAUCCCCUGGCUGUUCCCUUACGGCGUCAGCGUCGGCGCCCUCGCCGUCUUCUUCAUCCUCUACGAGAUCUGGCUAUCGCUGAACCACCGCCUCGUCCCCGGCGUCAUGCUGAUCGCGAGCUUCGUGUUCGUCGUGCUGUGGAUCACCGGGAUCAUCGGGACGGCGAUUCAGCUGUUUGGUCCGCAGGGGAACGUGUCGGCGAAUUGUCAGACGUAUGUGAAUGCGAGGAAGGCGGGUGGGGUGAGUUUGAAUACCUUGGCUUGGCUACAGCAGCGGAGUAUAUGUUCGUCCUGGUAUGCUACCUUCGCCUUUUGGCUCAUUGGCACCAUCUGGUGGGUCUGGAUGAUGGUCAUGGCUGCGCAGGUUAGUAAGGACAUCUACACCACUGAUUGAGCGAUGCCUUCCAGCACUGGUUUCAACGAGUCUUUCGUUUCUUCGGGAUAUACAGGUUACCUCCAUAUUUCGUAUGGGAAGGGUGGGGAAGAGUUAUGUACCGUGCGACGCUCUUCAAAUUGAAGGGUUCUGAGAGAACGAUACCAGAAGAUCGUUCUGUCCGGCAGUAUGGAUCAAACAUGGUUGGAACCGAAUAGCAACGCGCCGAUUUGGAGGCAGGGGUACCAGCUGCGGCGUUUAGGAGAAGAUGGAAUACGCUUUGUGUACAUGAUAAGCAAUGUGUGGGAUACCAGAUAGACUCAUUCGGACGAUACCGGAUUGAAUGCAAAAAUAGUUGAUAUAUCUUC